CACUUCCUCGCUCAUCAAACCCGGAAGCGACUCCUUCUUGCUGUUUGUUUUUGUCCGGUCGUGUUGCAGCUUUACUGGACAUUUUGUAGUAUUAUGGCUGUUCCGCCGCAGUUAAAAGCUAUUCAUCAUCAUUACAGGACAGCGCUGGAGCAUGAUGAAAGAGACCCGGUGGUAUCGUAUUACUGUCGACUCUAUGCCAUGCAGACGGGGAUGAAGCUGGACAGUAAGACUCCAGAGUGCCGGAAGUUCCUCAUGAAGCUCAUGGAUCAGCUGGAGACGAUGAAGAAAGAUCUCAGCACCAAUGAAUCCAUCUCCCAGGAGAUUGUGGGCAACGCCCAUAUUGAGAACUACGCCUUAAAACUCUUCCUCUACGCCGACAACGAAGAUCGAUCAGGACGCUUCCACAAGAACAUGAUCAAGUCUUUCUACACCUCCAGCCUCCUGCUCGAUGUGCUGUCUGUGUUCGGCGAGUUGUCAGAGGAGAACCUUCAGCACAGGAAGUACGCCAGAUGGAAGGCGACCUACAUUCACAACUGCCUGAAGAGCGGCGAGACUCCUCAGGCCGGGCCCAUCGGCAUGGAUGGGGAAGCGUAUGAUGAUAACUUCGGCCUUGAAGUUGGAGGUCCGUCUCAGCCUCAACCCUCCUCCAGUGUGAAUUUAGCAGACCAAGGUCCACCUUCUGUUCCUCCAGCCAACUUUAACACCAUCCAGGUUCCUCCUGGUUCUCACGCUCCAGCCAACACACCUGCAGAUCUUCCUCAUCCUGCAGCAGAGCCUGUGAAACCAGUUCCUGUCCCUCGGACUGUGCCAGCGGCCGAGCCCUUACCCCUCACUAUCAACCAACCGGGUGAUGUCCAUCUCACUCCAGAGGACUUCACUCGCGCUCAGAAAUACUGCAAGUACGCAGGCAGCGCUCUCCAGUACGAGGACGUCUCCGCUGCAGUACAGAACCUACAGAAAGCCCUGAAGCUCCUAACCACCGGCAAAGAAUGAGAGCAUUGUGUUGCUUUAUCACUUAUCUGAACUUUACAGCUCUCCUCCACAUCUCUCUCUCUCUCUCUCAAUUCAACAUCUGUUCCACAUCUGCACUCCCACUGCUGCUCAUUAAAAAUGAAAAGAAAAAGAUGGAGAUUAGGAUUAUAAUCCAUCAGGUGCAUGUGACCUUCACCCUCUAAACAAACGCUGCGUUGAGUUCCUGCAGCGGAGUUUUAAUAAAGAAAUGCCUCUGGAUUUAAAAGACUAGAACCUUCCAGGUCUCUCUCUCUCUCUCUCUCUCUCUCUUUCUCUCUCUCUCGCGCUCUCUCUCUCGCUCUCUCUCCCUCUUUCUCUCUCUCUCUCCCCCUCUUUCUCUCCCCCCCCCCCUCUCUCUCUGUAGGUGGAUGGAUUACUGUGUUUCUGUCUCUGGUGAAAGGUCUGUGAUUAUUGCCAUUAACACUAAAUGGUGUAUUUUAGGGGGCAGGUGUGUGUGUGUGUGUUAGAUUGUCUGCAUGAGAAAUGACGUUGAUGUGAGUGUAUUUUCUGGAACAUGACGGAUUGAGUGUUUAUUAAUUCUACGUUUGUUUAUUGGAACAAAUGCAAUCAGAUAUAAAAUAAGCUGCACUAAUGAUUUAAUGAUUAUUAAUGUGUGUGUGUGUGUGCACGUGUGUGUGUUCCCCUUAAACAUGAUGACGAAUGAAAUAUAAAUAUUGUUCAGUUCAUCAUUA